UUUCAGCUUAUCUCAGUAGAUGGCUGUGAUUGCGAGCCAUGAGUCUAGAUCCAUACAGUCAUUCGUAUUUCUGGAUGUGGAAGCCAGUGGGCUCUUCCCAGUCGAUGCGAUGAAUCCAUUGGAUGACCCACCGAUUCCAGGCAUUCAGAGGGACUUGUCUCAAAUAUUACGCAACCAUAUCAGGAUCAGUAAAUCGAUAUUUUAUUUGUAUUGCUUGUUUGCGGCGAAUGUUCAGAUUUUUUGAAGCUAGUUGGAUUAGAGCUCGUCUAAUUUGAGUUUUACAUAACAGUCCUGGACAAUGUAUGAAUUAGAGCCUAGCUUAUCUAUGCUUUCUAUUCUUUCUCCAUAUGAUCAGCAGUUCUUUUCUGCCGUAUGAUUUCAGCUAGUUCUAGUCAGGCUCCUCAUAUUAUGGAGAUCAGCCUUAUUUCGGCCACAAGGAAAGCAGUUUUAUCUGGAAUUCGAAAGAUGGAUGCAUUGAUGAAUAGUAAUGAGGCAGACAGUCAAGAACCAUUUUAUUCCAGAUCCAGUAGUUUCCGAAUUCCUUGCAACAUCUGCUCCGCACAGGUAAAGCCUAAAAUGAGCCAUAGGGAGUGGACAGAGUACGAAAAGGGCCGGCUCCGGUGUAGUGGUUUUGUUUACUCUCGGGAAGACUUAGAAGAUAAAAAUGAUUUUGCCACAGAAUGGAAUGGGGUGAAACUUUUUUUGGAGCAGAUGCGGAAGCCGGUUUGCAUAAUUGCUCACAAUGGACUAAGGUUUGAUUUUCGUAUACUGCAUGCAGAAUUUGAACGAAGCGGUCUUCUGAGUGCCAAUCCUAUUCCUGACCAGGUUUAUUUUGUAGAUUCCUAUCUCAUGUUUCUGGAUUUGGAAAAAAAGUUACAUGACGAAUUACGAACUGCCGUGCAGCUGUUAGACUGGGGCCACUUGUCGGCACAGUUAAAAAGUGAAAGUCCACUACCGUCACCACAUAAAAUGUCGUCGUGUGUAGUAGAUGGAUGUUCACAAACUCAUAUGGAUAUUAUUUCUAAACCAUUAGAAACACCCGAAGUACUGAAUAUCUCUGCAAGGUCAUCAAAGACUAACAGCCCAACUUUUAGUGGGGAAUCACAAGACAUCACGUUUGUUGUUCCGGUAGAGUGUUCAGCUAAAAGCGAACCAAGACCUGCUAGAAGGCAGCUUUUCAUCCAAACAUCCGAUGAUCAUCCAUUAAACUUCAUUCGUACAACGAAAUGGUCACCAGCUAAGAAGAAACGUGUUCGACCGAAUCUUUUCAAACGCUCCAAUCAAGGGGACUGGGUGUUCAAUAAUCAUUUUUCGCUUGCAUAUUUCCAUGAAAAAGGCGCUUUCAAAUUGAAAUCCAUGUAUAAGCAGUUAUUAAACGGCGAUUAUAGCGCUCAUUAUUCUAGAGAUGAUUGUGAAGCUUUGCUGAAAAUUUGCAUAGCAUAUGGAGAAGAAUUUGUGGACUAUGUGGAUACGCAUGCCGUUAAAUUUCCGUUUUAGGAAAAAGCAUAAAGUAGUGUAUUAAAAACUGUCGGUAUUUUCCAAAUCUUUUUAAAACUCUGCGUGGCAUGUGAAAAAGUUUCGAUGCCUUUACUUCUUGUUUGGUCCAAAAACACAUUAAAGAGUUGGAUACAGUAAUCACAAUGAUUUCGAUGGCAAUUUUUUUCUACUGCUUAUAUUUUACUUAUCUAUUGUUUUAGUCCAUUAUAUUUUUAUUUGCCCAUGUAUUCAAAAUAUUCGAUUUACAUCACUAAUUAGUUUGUUCCAUGUAUUUAUGUUCAUCUCAGAGAGCAGAAGAAUCGGUAUUGAGGACUGCAAGUACAUAUACUUUAUCAAUUAUUUCAAAUAAUCUGUCAUUGAUGGAGAUUUGAAUCUUGUAUCUGCUCUAAUGUAUGAAUGAUCACUUUAAUUUCUCCUAUAGCUUCUCAUUUCUUGACGAAAUUCAAAUUUUUCAUGAAAAUUCUACUAUCUGCUUCCUAGAAGAAUCGUUUUGUUUACUAAUACAUGAGUUUGCAAGUGACAUAAAAAGAACU